CAGCUGUGACAUAUUUCGAUGGGAUUCUAACCGGUGCUAAGAUGAAUCGUUGGCUUAAUCGUGUGGCUGUUGUAACUGGGGCCAGCUCUGGCAUUGGCAAAGCCUGCUGCAAGGAUCUGGUAUCGAAGGGCAUGAUUGUGGUUGGUCUGGCCCGACGUGGAGAGAAACUGUUGCAGUUAAAGUCUAAUUUGCCAGUUAAUCAGGCAGCUCGCUUCCACGGUCGUCAGUGUGAUGUUAGCAUCGAGCAAGAAGUGAUUGAUUCCUUUCAAUGGAUUGAACAAACCUUGGGCGGUUGUGAUGUUCUAGUCAAUAAUGCCGGAAUUGUUCGUCGUUGCAAUAUCACAGAUUCAGGAAAUUCUUCCGAUCUACGUGCCAUUUUGGAGACCAAUGUUUUGGGUGUCGCUUGGUGUACACGAGAAGCGUUUCAUUCUAUGCAACAGAGACAAGUUAAUGAUGGCCAUGUUGUACUCAUCAACAGCAUAGCUGGCCAUAGUGUUCCAAUGGUAAAUGGUCUAAGCUUUAAUAUGUAUGCUCCAUCUAAGCAUGCAAUUACUGCAAUGACCGAAGUACUCAGACAGGAAUUCUUUAAAAAAGACACAAAAAUUAAAAUAACUAGCAUCAGUCCUGGUGUCGUAAAUACCGAGAUCUUUGAUGAGAACUCCGUGGAAGUGGCCACCGGAAUGCCCAUGCUGCAACCGGAAGAUAUAGCUCACGCUAUCAGCUAUUGCAUACAAACUCCGCCCAAUGUGCAGAUACAUGAACUUACCAUCAAACCAGUUGGAGAAAGAUUUUAAAACACAAACUAUGUACAUAUAAUGUUUUCUAUUUCAAACCAAUUGGCUAAAAUAAUAACUGCUACUUGGAGAAUUUAAAA